UGUAGUUCUCAAUAAGCGAUACAAUCAUUAAUAAAUAUGUAAAUAUAUACAAAGGUUGACAAUUAGAGCGCAAACGCAGUAUAGUAGUAACCAUAGUGACCACAUGUAUGUUGGAAGGGUGUCUACCCUCGACUGUCCGUCAAAACUUACUCGUCAGUACGAUUAAAAAACGCCGAUUAAAAUUACAUACUUAUGAACUCGGAAAAAUAAUUCUGUGGUACCUAGUACAAAGAUAUCAUCAGGAAAAAAAAAUGAGAGCCAUUUAAAAUAAAAUAGUUGAUUUCAAUCAUUAGUAUAUUUACGUGUUCGCUUCACACAUAAAGAUUCGAAACUAACGUAUUCAGUAUUUAACGGUUACGAUCCUGAGUUUUAUGAAUUAUUCUCGUUCUUACUUCAGUUUUUAAUUCACUUUACUAACUUUUACGUUUUAUGUUUAAAUUGUGAACUUUUAUGUCAGUCAAAGUUAUAAUUUCGAUUCAUAGUCCUAAUGAAUGUGAUUCAAAUAAUUAUUUAUGCUUGAAACGUAAUAAGAGCGUUUUUGCACGUUGGACUUUAGUUUGAACAAAUUCAAUAAUUAUUUAAAAGCGAGGAAGAAAUGUCAUCAGUUAAAGGCCUAAGAAGGUCAUCGUAAAGUACACAUGUUGAUAUUAGUCAUCCUUAGUUUAGUGUUUAAAAAGUUAGUUAAUAAAGUUUUGAAAAAUAACUACAAGACCAUUUUUUCAUCUAAUCACGAUUAUAUUAUUCGUUUGAAGAAAUUAAAGUAUCACGGGUGAAGUGAUUUAUUUGUAAACAGAGAUAAAGAUUAAAAAUAAAAGUUUAUAAAUUAGAAAAAUUUGAUAAGUUAAAAAAGAAGUUGUGAAAUAUAUAUCAAAGUAUAUUGAAGUUUUAAAGAAAACUAAUGAUAAUUAAUUACGUUAAUUGUUGGUUCAAAUUUUUGCGUUAGUAUAGUGUGUGAAAUCAUUUAUCAUGUGAAUUAAAUGGCCUUUUUACAAUUCAGCCAUUAUUGGAGGAACUUACUAUGGGCAUCUGCUUGGACACUGAUCAACAAAAUGGAUCGCAGGUGUUCGAAGAUAGCAAUGCUCAGAGUGUUGGAAAAUGGCGAGGCGAAGCGGGACUUUUGUCAACACCACCGAAUGGACGAUUUCCUACUCAAAAUAUUGGUCCUGUCAAAUUUGAACCUCCUACAGUUCCAGUCAUUUUUGUACUUGGUGGGCCAGGCAGUGGAAAGGUGACGCAUUGCGAUAAUUUAAUUCAAGAAAAAAUAGGAAUAACGCACAUAAAUAUGACCGAUUUAUUGCAACAGUACGCGAUUGGUAACGACAUGCAAGAUUUUGGACUUCUUAGUAGUAAAACUGUUGCUGAAGUACUCAUGCUAGAAAUGAAAAUGUCACCAAACGCAAAAACUUUCCUUAUCAGUGGGUAUCCACGGAAUAUGCGUGACGUAGUGGAAUACUCAGAAAAGAUCCAAGUAAUAAAUGGCGUAGUUCUAGUAUCUUGGAGGCAGGAAGUUCUAGAGCGACAGAUCGAUUAUGGUGCUCAACUCGGUCAUGUAAUUCUGAGUUUGGCACGAAUGGAGCUUAAAAAUUUUUACAGAAAUGUCAUGCCUGUUGCUGAAUACUUUGACAGGAAUGGAAUUCUUAUUGAGGUCAAUGGUGAAAGGAAUCCAAGUGAAGUUUAUGUUGAUUUCCGUGAGGCGAUAAUACAAAUCCUCGGCUCCCCUGAAUUAGGAUUCAGGGACAGAAUGCAUCAACCACUAGAAGCAGAGGUUAAAGUAGAACGGACACAACCAUCUUCCGGAAAUUCAAAUCAUAUUGCGCUACCAUCACCUACAACACGAAUCAAUCCAGCAAAAACGGCUAACAAAGCGAGGAAAGGACUUCCUAGUUUCAUUUGGGUCAUUGAUUUACACGUAGGUGGACCUGGAAGCAAUAAGUCAAAUUUAUGUGCUCAAGCAAUUCGCAAUAUGCCUAGUUGGUCACACAUAAGUAUAGGUAGUUUAUUCCGAACAAUGGCAUCAUCCAAUUCAACUAUAAGUGACUCCAUUGUUGCUGGCGAGAUGAUUGCACAAGAUGUCGUAAUGCAGUUAGUAGAACAACAAGUUCUCCUCAAUCGCGAUCAUGAUGGGAUUGUAAUCGAUGGAUUUCCCCGCGAUCUGAAUCAAGUUCAAGAAUUUGAGAGUAAAUUUGGGCAAAAGCCAACUUUGGUCCUUUUAGACUGUUCUAAACUUCAACUCGGUCGAGGAAAACUUGAUGAUAGUGUUCCAGCAUUCCGAAAACGUCUAGAAAUCUUUCGCGAAAUAACAUUACCAAUGUUGAAAACUCUUGAUAGUGACAAUCGAUUAAUAACUAUCGAUGGAGACACAGAUGUACCUUCAGUUCAACAAGAAUUCGAAGCAACUCUUUAUCAAUUGAUGAGGCAAGUGCGCCGUAAAGAAGAAGAUAAUUCACGAGAUUUCGCAAUAUCAACGCCAGUUGAUAGUAACGACGAUAAUAAAUCUAAUGUAUUUGAAACUGACAACAUCAACUCCAACCAUCAAAAAACAGAAAUGCCAAAUAGACGAUUGAAAAAUGGUGUUAACACAAUAAGCAACCAUGUUAUCAACAAACAAAAAAGUAAUCAUUCCUUUAAAGUGAAUAACAUAAUGAAUGGAGUAAAUCAUCGAGGAGUUAAGAAAGAAAUAGGAUCGAAAAUUCGUGACGCUGUAGAUGAAAGCGCUCGAAUUACAAACGAUGUACUCAAGUCUUCUCGAAAAAAUGGCAAUCACGUUCAUUUAAAUGGCGCAGCUAAUGGAGCAUCGCGAAUAUUUCAAAAUGGCAUCGGUCAUUUAGCAAAUGGAAUCCCUCCGGGAAUUAACCGCAUAGCACCAGCACCUUCUAACGCUACUAUUAAUACUAAUAACAAAGAACCUAUAAAGAAGAUGUAUAGUGAAAUGAAUGGUUAUCACGAAAAUCUUCAUAUGUAACUAAAAAAAAUUAUAUUUUUAAGAAAUAUGCCGAUAAUUUUUAAUACACAUUUUUAUCGCUAAAUGUAGACUAACAGAGAAUUAAUUAAAUAUCAUAAGAAAUAAGUGAUAGUUUUGAUAGAUGGAUCGGAAACUUAAUUUAUGUUCCAUGCGUUGAAAUAUAUGAGUAUUAUAUUAUACAAUACUAAAAAAUUAACAUUGUAAAAACGUUAUUUGAUUAAUUUUACAACGAAUAUUUUGAAAUAUAUUUGCAAAGAAGAAAAUUAUUUUAGAUAUAUUAAAAAUAUACAUCAUGAAUGCUGUCAAUAGUUACGUCAUAGGUACUUUACAAGUACCUAUUAAAAGUUAAUCAAAAUGAUCUAAUGUUAUCAUCAGUAAAAUUGAUCAAAGAUUGUGGUAAAUGAUAACAACUCAAGUACAAAGUGUAUUUGUUAGUGUGAUGUCAGUAUUAAUUGUAGUUGUUAAAUUAUAAAUAAAUAUAUAAAGGUAUACAAAGAAGUAUAAUUUCGAGAGUUAGUUUUUUCUAAUAUUAUAAAAUAUAAUUAAUAUAUAUAUAUAUAUAU